UGCAGAUAGUGAAUGUUCUUCCACUUUGAUUCAGUUGAAGUGCAUAGUCCUGCCCUUCCUGACCUACCUUAAAUGAAAAUGUGAAACACUAGAAUCACACUUGUAUCCGCUCCUUUUUGCAGAGUUUGUCGACCGUAAGGAAGCUGUAGCCCGUGGGCUCUGAGUACUAUACGUUAAGAAAACUACCACGCGCGAGGUAAGAUGAUUAACCUCCCAGUUAUAACUUAUGGACCUCGCAACUGAGACAGUGUUGCUCCUAGCGCUGCUGUACGACUUGAGAGUGCAAAAGAUGGUGUCUGAAGGAAGAUUUGGUGAUGGCUUGCUCGUGGUGUGUCUCUUCCUGGGUUUACUUUGUAUCCACAUUGCUGAUGGCAUCGUAACAGUUUCUUCAAGCAGUCACGCAACACCUCAAUCGAGUAACACAAACAUCACAUGCUUCGUGACGGGGGAUACGUUCGUUGGUUGGUUGAACCCGAUUGGUCAGAGUAUUCCCUCAGAUGACUCAAAGAGAAUCCAUGUCGUGAGUAGUGGAGCCAGACAUGAUUUGAUCAUCAAAGAUGUUCAGAUGAAUGAUGAAGGGACUUACCAAUGUCAAGCUGGGUCCACUUCUUUGCCUGUAACGAUAUAUGUUGAAUAUCCACCGAAAGUGCUUAGGUCCUUGUCUACCAAUAGUACACAAUGGACAUCAUACACUGAUCCAAAUCCAGUGCAAAUAAGGUGUGCAUUCAAUGGCUACCCUGUGCCCAGCAUUGAAAUAUCCAAAGACAACAAGCUAAUCACCAAAGGUGUCACUCGACGGUCUGGUUCCUUGACGUAUAAGUUCCAGGCCAAAACAAUAGAUGACUAUGGAUUUUACGCUUGUAGAGGAACUAACAGCCAAGGAGACGAUACUUACUACGUGGAAGUCUCAAAAACAGGUCUUCCAGACCCCCCAGGAAACAUCACGCUCUGGGUUGGCUGUGAUUAUAUAACAGUAAAAUGGAUUCCACCGUUAACUGACAGGGGAAGCCCCAUUACCUCAUACAGAAUCGAGUUACUACAUAAUGGUGAUACAAUAAGAGGAGACAUCCUUUCUUCCAGUGAGAGAGAAAAGACAUUCUUUCAGUUAGAGAAGGUGACCAGCUAUAGGGUGAGGAUAAAUGCCAAGAAUGAUAUGGGAAAUGGAACACGGGAAACACAUGCAUUCGAAACGAAAGCUACAUGUACUUCCGGUAAAACUAACGCAGCGAGCAUGACUCUACUAAUUCUUGCCAUGGUAUUAUCUAUGAUUAUAGAAACAUCAUCUGUAUAAUCAAAAUCAGUACAUUCCUUUUCUUUAUACUACACAACGCUUUCCUAUCAAUCCUACCAUCAUAGUACAACUCGAUCUAUUUCAGAUUAUUGCUAGCUAGGCUAAAAAUAACUUGCACGCUGAUUGAAAAGGUCUCUGUGUAGCUGGACAAGCAUGAUGGCCACUCAUGAUGUAACUCAGUUCUCAAAAUAACCACCUAAGUUAACUGAUCGUAUUUCAUCAGUGUUACACUUAGAUCUUAAACAAGGUUGCUGUGCACGUGUCUCAGUUCAAACAGUUGUUCUGUCCUCUACAAAAGUUAAAGUUUUAUUGUAGAUUAUCAAGAUAAAUGGGAUUCCACAAACAAGGACCUAUAAAAAUGUCAAUAAUGUUAAUUUUAAAUAGAGUGCACGCCAUAUAUCCGUGAAACAAAACCAAAGUCCAGCUCCACAAAAUGCUGUGGCACCUAAUAAUCAGUUAAAUCAGUUUGAUUACAAUAAUGCAGAUAUUGAUGAACAGCAACUGCCAAUUAAAUUAAAUAUAAAAUUAAGAUAGUGCAUCAACAGAUUAAAGAUUAUAUAACAAU